AUGGCGACCACCACCAUGACCGAGGCCAUCCCAAAGGGCCGUCGGCUUCCCAAAAAUGUCAAGCUGCCGCCGGAAAACGAGCGCUACAUGCGCGCCUGCGCAGACAUUGCCAGUGCACUCAUCCAGGACUAUGAGGCCUCACUGGAUGGUUCCAAGCCCAAGAAGGAUAUCAACCUCAAUGCGCUUCGCGGCCAGAUGGCCAAGAAGCACUACUUGAGCACCCAACCGCCACUCACUGCUAUUAUUGCUGCUGUGCCCGAACACUAUAAAAAAUAUAUUCUGCCAAAGUUAAUAGCAAAGCCGAUCCGCACCUCAUCAGGCAUCGCCGUGGUGGCGGUUAUGUGCAAACCCCACCGCUGCCCUCACAUUUCCUACACCGGCAACAUUUGCGUCUACUGCCCCGGCGGCCCCGAUUCCGACUUUGAAUACUCAACCCAGUCAUACACCGGAUAUGAGCCUACCUCCAUGCGCGCUAUCCGGGCGCGGUACGAUCCUUACGAGCAGGCGCGCGGCAGAGUCGACCAAAUCAAGGCGUUGGGACAUAGUGUGGAUAAAGUCGAGUACAUUAUCAUGGGCGGCACCUUCAUGUCUCUACCUGAGAGCUACCGUGACGAGUUCAUCUCCCAGCUUCACAAUGCACUGAGCGGAUACCAGACCACCAAUGUGGACGAGGCAGUCAUGGCGGGCGAGAUGAGCAACGUCAAGUGCGUGGGUAUCACAAUUGAGACCAGGCCCGACUACUGCUUGGACCAGCAUCUGAGCGCCAUGCUACGGUACGGAUGCACGCGUUUGGAGAUUGGCGUACAGAGUCUGUACGAGGACGUCGCGCGCGACACCAACCGCGGCCAUACCGUCGCUGCUGUGGCGGAGACGUUCAAGCUGGCCAAGGACGCAGGCUUCAAGGUCGUCUCGCACAUGAUGCCUGACCUGCCCAACGUCGGCAUGGAGCGCGACCUCGACCAGUUCCGCGAGUACUUUGAGAAUCCGGCCUUCCGCACCGAUGGAUUGAAGAUCUACCCCACGCUCGUCAUCCGUGGAACUGGCCUCUACGAGUUGUGGCGGACGGGCCGCUACAAGAACUAUACCCCCAACGCGCUGAUUGACCUCGUUGCCCGGAUCCUCGCCCUCGUCCCCCCGUGGACCCGCAUCUACCGCGUCCAGCGUGAUAUUCCCAUGCCUCUUGUCACCGCCGGUGUUGAGAACGGCAACCUGCGCGAGCUGGCCCUCGCCCGCAUGAAGGACUUCGGCACCACCUGCCGCGAUGUUCGCACCCGUGAAGUCGGCAUUAACGAGGUCAAGAACAAGAUCCGGCCUAGUCAGGUCGAGCUCGUACGCAGAGACUACGUUGCCAACGGUGGCUGGGAGACGUUCCUGGCGUACGAGGACCCGAAGCAGGAUAUCUUGAUCGGUCUGCUGCGUCUGAGGAAGCUCAGUAAGACGCACACUUUCCGCCCGGAGCUUACAGGCCAGCCUACAAGUAUGGUGCGUGAGCUCCACGUCUAUGGAACCGCAGUGCCGAUGCACGCUCGUGAUCCGAAGAAGUUCCAGCACCAGGGCUACGGUACCCUGUUGAUGGAGGAAGCGGAGAGGAUCGCGAGGGAGGAGCAUGGCAGCAAGAAAAUCAGUGUCAUCUCGGGUGUUGGAGUGCGGGAUUACUACCGGAAGCUGGGCUACAAAUUAGAUGGGCCGUUUAUGUCGAAGGAACUCCAUCCGUUGGACGAUGAUGAGAGUAGUGACGAGGAGUAA